UCUGAUUUCAUAUAUUUAUUGAAAUUUCCCAUUGUCGGAUUUCAUAUCUUACUCUCUUCCACAAUCUCUCCUCUGCGCUGCAAUGGCGGAGUUGUUUAUUGGCCAAAUCUUGGAUAAGAUCAUCAACACUUGCGCUGAGUACCUUCAAUGCCAUUUUGGAUCGCAGAAUAGCAUGGAGAAGGAGCUGCAAAGGCUGCGAGAGAAUCACUGCAAGAUCCAAGCUGUCCUUUCUGCUUCCAACGAAGCAGACAUCACAGAUCAGAACUCACCACUCAACAGCUGGAUAUGGCAGCUACGAGAUGCCAUCGAUGAGGCAGAUGAUUUGCUUGAUGAGUUUGAGUACCUGAAGCUCAGAGAACGGGUGUCAGAACAAAACAUGGAGGAAAAAAAGAAGCGUUCCGUAGCCACUAGUUUCCUUUUGGAAGGUGUUAGCAAACUUCGCAAAUUAGGCAGACGUGUCUUCAAAAUUGAUCGCAACUUGAAUAGGCUGGUGGAGGUUGUGCAGAAACUUGAUAAAGUAGCGGCUGAGGUAAGUGCUUUCCUUCCUAUUUUAAUAGAAACAAAGCAGGUGCACGGAUCCUACCCUGGAUUUGUUUUCAUCGGUCGAGGCAAGGAAACAGAGUUUGUUAUGCGGUGGUUGAGGGAACCAUCAAUUGAAGAUCUUACCGGCACUAGUUCUAACAAAAACAUCUCUCUUUUGUCUAUAGUGGGUCAUGGUGGUAUGGGGAAGACCACUCUCUUACAACAUGUCUUUCAAGAUGUGAAAGAGGAAUUUGAUCUUAAAAUGUGGGUUUGUGUUUCCAACAACUUUGAUGCAAAAAAAGUGAUUGCCGAUAUGUUAGAAUAUCUUAAAAGGGAGAGGCCUCGUUUGGAGUCACUUGGGGCUCUUCAAGAGAGUCUCAAGUCUGGGGUGCAAUGCAAGAAGUUCUUGCUUGUUCUAGAUGAUAUUUGGGAGGAUGAGGAGGAGAUGGAUAAACGCAAAUGGGAGAAUGUGCUCUCCCCUCUGGCUUAUGGAAAAUUGGGGAGUAAAAUUUUGGUCACAACUCGGAUGGAUUCAGUUGCAUCGAUGAUUGCCAAGGUGAUUACAAUGAAGGAGGAAACAUUUAGAUUAGGGGGCUUGGAGGAAGAUGAGUGUUUGCAGCUCCUUCACACCCAUGCAUUCACGGAUGCAAACGACAUUGAUGAUCAUCGUAAACAAUUAAUGUGCAUUGCUAGAAACAUGGUUAAAAAGCUUUUAGGGUCUCCAUUGAUAGCAAAGGUCAUUGGCGGUGUUCUAAAUUCUAGCUUGAAUGUGGAGCAUUGGAAAAGAGUAUUAAAGAGUGAUAUGGGAAGCGCCGAACCAGGGGAGGUUCAUGAUAACAUCAUGCCUAUCUUGAGAUUAAGUUAUAAAUACCUUGAGAAACAUCUACAAAUUUGUUUUGUAGUUUGUGGCUUAUUCCCCCAAUAUCAUUGGUUUGAUAAAAAAGAUUUAGUCCGAAUGUGGAUUGCAUUGGGUUUCAUUCAGCCCUCUUUCAAUUCAGGAGAGACCAUGGAAGAUGUCGGAAGAAGAUAUUAUGAUAUUUUAGUCAAGAAAUCUUUCUUUGAAAAUUGUGAGACUCUUGAUGAUAAUUCCUGCAGGAUGCAUGACUUGUUACAUGAAUUGGCACAAUCUGUUUCUGCACAGGAAUACUUCCGUCUUGUGGAAAAUAUAAAGUUGCCUUUUCAUAUUCCUAAAACUACCCGGCACUUAUCUGUUCAAACCACAAAUCUAGAAAUUGAAGAUCAAGAUUUUAUUGAUUUACUUACUGAAAUUUUUAAAGAAUCGACAAGUAUUCGUUUAUUGUUCAUACGUUCUCACUCGAUAAAAGUGAUACCUGAGGCGAUUGAAAAUUUAAUACAUCUUCGAUACUUAAACAUAUCAAGAAGUUAUUAUACUAAACUGCCAGGAAAUAAUGUUAUUCAAUUGCCAAGAUCUUUAAGCAAUCUGUAUCACUUACAGUUCAUUAUCUAUCAAGGUUAUCCUGGGAUACCUUCUAACGAUCUCUUACCAAGAGACAUUAAUAAUCUUUCUAAUUUGCGUUACAUGAAAAUGCCUAAGAUUGUCGUUUCUUGGAUCCGGGGGAUUGGGAAGUUAAACUCUCUUCAAACAUUGGAUGCAUUUUAUGUUAAGAAUGAGGAUGGUUAUAGAAUUGGGGAGUUAGAACAUAUGAAUGGGCUCCACUUAUUAAAUAUUAAAUCUCUUGGAAGUGUGAAGGAUGCCAAAGAGGCAUGCAGUGCCAAAUUAUGUGAAAAGAGAAACCUCUUGGAAUUGUCUUUAAAUUGGGAUGACACUGAGUUAGAAAGCCAAUCCCCAUCGAACAUUGUAGAUUGCAUCUUGCAUGAGCAGGUGCUUGCAAAUCUUCAACCACAAAACAAUCUAAAGAAACUCUGCAUACGCGCAUAUAUGGGUGCAAGAUCUGCAACAUGGAUGGACAAUGCCAAUUUGAUCUCCAAUCUAAACUUCAUCCGUCUAGAUAAGUGUUUGGAGUGGGAAACUCUUCCGCCUUUUGGGCAGCUUCCCUUCCUCGAGGUUUUGAUGCUUUGGAACAUGCCAAAAGCAAAGCGCUUUAAUCACAAAUUUGAAGGGAAAGCCAAGCAUUAUGUGUUUCCAUCACUGCAGUUGCUAUAUAUUUGUAAGUUAGAUGCAUUAGAGGGUUUGUUUGAUACAGAAGGUGCAGCAGAAGCUGACGGUUUCUUUCCUUGCUUAACUCAGCUUGACCUCAAUGAUUGCCCGAAUUUGCAACAAUUUCCCUUUUUACCUCCUAAGCUCAAAACAUUAAAGAUCAAUAAUAUUGGGUGGAAAGCUUUGAACUGGAAACAAGGCACUAGCAGUUGUUGCAGCAUUUCCAACUAUUUUACCCUUUACUCAUUAGAAAUCUACCGCUGUCCAAACCUGACAUCUCUUCCUCUAGUUGAUGAAAUUGUAAAACUUAAAGCACUGAAAAACCUGACAAUUCAAAAUUGCCCCGCUCUGAUCUCUCUCAAUGGACGGCAAGUAGCAAAGUUCAUUGAGAAUUUCCCGCUCAUAUUGGGCAAACUUAGUAUAAGCGAUCCAUCUGUGUUGCUAAUGGAGCCAUUGAGAAGUAUCACCUCCUUGGAACAGCUGACAAUUGAGGAAAAUGAUGAGGUGGUUGCAUUUCCAUUUGAGGUGGAACAGUGGUUUUUGCAAGUUAGCUCGUCACUUUGUAAGUUGUACCUAAGAUGGUUCAAAUUCCUGCAGUCUCUCCCUUCCUCCUUGGAAAGCCUCUCUUCACUUAAGACUCUACAAUUGCAUAUGGUUCCUCUACUCCACCUGUUGCCGAACAUUCCCACCUCCCUGGAAUUCUUAUCGCUUCGAGGACUCGAAUCAUUGCAGUGCCUGCCAUAUUCUUUGUCGACCAUCUCUUCCCUCAAGCUGCUAUGGUUAGCUGAAAUUCCGCUCAUCAAAUCAUUGCCAGACCUCCCUCCCUCUUUGUUUGAGUUGUAUCUAGAAGAUCUCGAUCAACUGGAUUGCCUGCCUUCUUCCCUUGCAAGCCUAUCUUCUCUCCAAAAACUUCACAUCAUAAGGGUUCCUAAACUCCGAGAAUUACCAGACCUCCCUCCCUCCCUGGAAUAUCUGAGAAUACAAAAUUGUCAACAAGAAUUGAUGGAGCGGUAUGAAGAGCCAUCAGGUUCUGAUCUGCACAAGAUUGCACUCAUUCCUAAUGUCUAUAUUUCUAAUGGGGUAGAGGACGGAGAUGAGUGGUCUGCAGUGCUUGCAAAUCUUCAACCACAAAACAAUUUAAAAAAACUGUGCAUACAUGCAUAUAUGGGCGCAAGAUCUGCAACAUGGAUGGACAAUGCCAAUUUGAUCUCCAAUCUAAACUUCAUCUAUCUGGAUAAGUGUUUGGAGCGGGAAACUCUUCCUCCUUUUGGGCAGCUUCCCUUCCUCAAGGUUUUGCGCCUUCAAAACAUGCCAAAAGCAAAGCGUCUUAAUCACAAAUUUCAAGGGAAAGCCAAGCAUUGUGUGUUUCCAUCUUUGCAGGAGCUACAUAUUGGUAAAUUAGAUGCACUGGAGGUUUUCUUUGAUACAGUAGGAGCAGCAGAAGAUGACGGUUGCUCAUUAAAAAUCUUUCAUUGUCCAAACCUGACAUCUCUUCCUCUAGCUGAUGAGAUAGUAAGACUUGAAGCACUGAGAAACUUGACAAUUCAGAAUUGCCCCGCUCUGAUCUCUCUCAAUGGACUGCAAGAAGCGAAGUUCAUUGAGAAUUUCUCGCUCAUAUUGGGCAAUCUUAGUAUAACCGACCCAUCUGUGUUGCUAAUGGAGCCAUUGAGAAGUAUCACCUCCUUGGAAUAGCUGACAAUUGAGGAUAAUGAUGAGGUGGCUGCAUUUCCAUUUGAGAUGGAACGGUGGUUUCUGCAAGUUAGCUUGUCACUUUGUGAGUUAUAUUUAAGAAGGUUCAAAUGCCUGCAGUCUCUCCCUUCCUCCAUGGAAAGCCUCUCUUCACUUAAGACUCUACGUGUGGAUAUGGCCCCUCUACUCCAGCUGUUGCCGAACAUUCCCACCUCUCUGGAACAGUUAAUGCUUCGAGAACUCGAAUCCUUGCAGUGCCUUCCAUAUUCUUUGUCGACCAUCUCACCCCUCAAGCAGCUACGUUUAGGUGGAAUUCCGCUCCUCAAAUCAUCGCCAGACCUCCCUCCCUCUUUGUUGGAGUUGUAUCUACAUGAUCUUGAUCAACUGGGUUGCCUGCCUUUUUCCCUUGCAAGACUUUCCUCUCUCCAAAAACUUGAAAUCAUAAAGAAUUAUUUGAUUGUGUUGUAUUUUGAUGAUUGUGAAGCAGAGAAGAGACAGAGUGAGAUGGAAGGAGGAAUGUGUGUUUACUUUGGGAGAUUAGCAGGUGCUUUUAUUGUAAAAGCUAUAAAUUUUUAA